AUGGCAUCCAAUGUAGUUGUGCUGCUGCUUCUCGGACUAACACUAAAAGGAGGGGAGACCUCUUCGAUCGAUUCAAACGACAGUGAAGUGCUUGGAAUAAGAAAAGAUCAAAUUGUAUGUCCCUCAAACACAACAGCUGGCAGUCCUCGUAACCUGGCGGGCAUUAUUCGUUUCAUUGUCAAGGAUGAUGUGGAGCGUUAUAAGUUAGUGCUAAAUAUGGCAAGAAAUCAACGCACUUCGACGAUUAAAAAUGAGAUAGUUGAAGCAAUAUCGAUGGACUUCGAGACGUAUGUUACCGAUCCCAUCAAGAUUCUAGAUUUCUGUAAUGCAAUCACGUAUAUGGACGAUAUUUCACAAGAGAAGUUCUAUCAGGCCCUCGUGAAUCGCAGCGCAAGGAUUCUCGUAGAUUUAAUUCUAGCCAACAAUUCCUGUACCGAAUCGCCGAUUGAUUCUGAAUUGCCGAAUAACUUGCAUCUAAUCCCAAUUAAAUAUCUGGAAAAAAUUCUGGAGGCUGUGUUUGACAUUGUACUUUCCUCCGAAUCCCCACUCAAAGUCGCUGACUGCCUUUACAAUAUCACCGAUAGUUUUGAGCAAGGGACAAUAGCCAACUUGCUUUUGCUAAAUCGCGCUGAAGUGAAGACCAAUUCGAGUGAGCAUGCUGGAUUGCUGGCUAAUCUUCAGAAGUUUUUGAAUCUUAAAAAUUUCAAAUAUGUAGAUGUCUAUUGGCGUCGCAGAGUGUACAGAUUGUUCCCGCAUCACAUUGAUUGGCUUUCUACCACCAGUAAUGUGUGCAUACGGCAUGCAAACAAUAAAAGAGAUAACCUUGUUCACUGUUAUGAGGGCGAUACACGAACUAUGUGCACCAGUGAAUACCCAUGCCCAAAUCGCAGUAUAUACUACCAUGUGUUCAAAAAAAGAAGUGUGAUCGCUAUAGGAUAUAAACACAUUCAUGGAUCUAUUGCUAUGAACGCCACCAAAGAAAAAGGAACAAGAAGACCAAAUGUAUCCAAGAACUUAUUCAGAAGCAAAGAAAUUUUCUUUUGGCAUGUGGUACCAGUGCUGAACGGUUUGGCACUAUACGAUAGUGAGACAUCCGAAUCGGUGCUUUGCGGCGGCGAUCCAGCACAAUGGGUUGACAACAAACAUUUUGCAUACACGCGGCGUGCAGAGGAUUUUGAUGCUCAUCGCGAAGAAUGCACCUGGUACUUUGAAGAUUGCAACUAUGAAUAA